UAGUUUUUACUAGAUAGUAUCUCGUAAGCCGUAACAUGACCGUAGGAUUGAAAUUCAUUUCCUCUGUUAAAUAUGUUUUGAGUAUCAAGGUUUAGAAAUUAAUUAAUGAUAAACAUUAUGAAGUGAUUAUUAGCUGUUAUGCUACAUAUGCUGUUUACUUAUGAAAAGUCAUUAUUACUGCAAUGGAUGGGAGCACAUCGUCGCUAGCUGCGCUGGAACUUUAUGUUAAUGAACUAUUCUCGGGAAAUGCAAGCAAAGAGCAAAUACAAAAAAUUCAUGAGGCCUUGGAUAAUUUCAGCCGACAGAAAGGAGCAUGGAAAGAUGCAUUAUAUUUUUUGAAUCAAACUACAAACCCACAAACUGCCAUGUACUCCUUGACUGUCUUGGAGGGUUUCAUAACAAAAGGAUGGAAUGGACUGUCUAGUGAAGAACAACUUGAAUUGCGCACAACUCUUUAUCACUGGCUAUUAGAAAAGCAUCAGUUUGCUCCAUAUUUCAUUCGGAACAAGGCUGUGCAAUUGGUGGUUCACAUUGCACGAUCUGAUUGGCCUCAGAAAUAUCCAGAUUUUUUAAAUGAUGUCCUCAUGCUAGUUUCAUCUUCCAACAGUUCAUCCACAAUUCUUGGUCUUCUAUUUCUUCAAACUGCCUCAGAGGAGCUUGGUACUCCUAGGGAUGGCCUUCUCUACAGCAGGAAAGCUGAGCUAAAGCAAAGACUUUUACAACUUAUUCCCAAUACACUGGCAAUUCUAACUGGAUUACUUCAAACUAUUUGGGAAAAGCGACCCCAUUCCAUAACAAGUACCCCACCUCCAUCACCUACCAAUUCUCUCCCAACCGAAAUUUCUUCUCCGCGUCAGCAUUUACCCACAGGAAAAAAUCAUUCACAUUCUUUGAACAGUGAAAUGGAACCUGUUGCUCGCCUUGCCCUCCAAUGUCUGACUCAUUUUUUUACAUGGAUUCCACUUUCAAGCCAUGUAACCCCUCAACUGAUGGAGUUAAUUUUCCGCUUUGUUGGCAUGGGCACUGAGGAGUCUCUACCUGUCAUGAGUACAUGCAACGAACUUAGUGUCCCGGUUGUUGCGUUGGGAACGAUAAACGAAAUUCUUUACAAGAACUGCGUCCCGGCUGAAUUUGAAAACUUUGUCGUUCUUCUAUUCAACAAUUGUUGUAUCAUUCUUCACCAUUUCGUGAACGAUUUAGCCAAUGGUCACUUACCUCAGCAACCGCGUCCUCAAUUUAUGGAGAAACUUGUGGAGCUUGUCCAUUUGUUGAUGUCGAAUCACUUACGCCGGCUGGAAGGUCGUCUCCUCCCACAGUUUAGCGUCCCACAGUUUCUCUCGCUGUUCUUCACUUUUACAUUCAAACAGGCCGACUGGGGUCGUUACGCAUCUUGCCUUGACACUUGGCAAGUUUUUCUUAGUUAUGUAAAGCAAUCGUCGAAUACCAGCGGAAGCCAACCGAGUUUAAAUGGAGAUACGCUAGCUGUACGGUAUCAAGAUUCCCUGGUAACUCUCAGCGAACACGUUCUCCGCAAGAUACUCUUUUCUAGCAACGGCACUCAACUAGAGGAACUAGAUGACGAGGCAAUAGAUGGCAAUAUGGAAACGGAACGCCAAAAAAUUCAACUUCAGUCCAUAGAAAUCUUUGUUACGGCCGGAGAAUUAGUCCGAAAUCAAACCCUUUCGUUAUUGAAUGAACCGUUUCAGCGAUGCACUUCGGCCUAUCGGUCAUUGACAUCUCUUUCUACCACGACUAACAAUGUAGUUCGAUUGGAAUCAAAAGAUCAGCUCAAAGAGAUGCUGAUGCUCCUGAGUGACCUUGCCAUGUUGAUACAACUUAUCGGGCGCCUUUCUGAAUUACAUACCGGGCCCGACUAUUGCACUCAUUUCGAAAUGGGGAAAGCGCUUGUUGGAAAGCUUGUCGAUUUGGCAACGUACGGAUCAUUGAUGAUCAAUUUAAAUUUUGUUGGUCUUCCUGGAGAUGAGCUUAAGUCAACCUUGUCGCUUGUACAUGCACAAGUUUUGUCAUCGUUGCAGGCAUGGUGCCAUUGGAUAUCGAUCUGGGCUCACGGAGAUGGUCCCAAAGAGCCUGUAAACUCACUAGUCGCCGCGCUUGUUGCUUCUGCAGUCGAUGUUUUUAGUCCAACCUGGUCUAGUAGGGGAGUCGCUACGGGAAAUUUAAAAGAGAAUGGCCGGGAAAAAGUGUAUCAGGCCGGAUUGCAAUUGCUCUCAUCUGUCGUCAGUGUCAUACGCACAUCGAAUUUAUGGAAUUGUCCUUCUUGGAACGAAAUCUAUCAUUCUGUCUACGACAUCGACUAUCUUCCGCCUGCCAUUCAUCGGCAAUUGACACGCUGCGUCUUGGGUUCUGCCAUCGUGACGUGGCGUAACUGCACCGUUGAAGAACAGCAUUGGGAAGAACGGCAAUCACGUCUUCAGUUGACUCUAGAGCGAGUAACCCAGGCUACUCGGAUAAUAGUGCAAGAAUUAAGAAGAGAGCCAUUGACUGCGCUCCUAGCACAAGGCAAGCCCAUUGUCAUAUCGACGAUUACUUUGCUGGCCGACUUAGCUGGUCUAGCUCGGGAUGAAACUACUGCUUCAAAAGCCGCUUUGUAUUCGGCUCUAGGUCCGUGGAUUGAGCCAACCCUAAUUCUGCUAUCGUACUAUAUUCACGAUGCUGAGGUGACGGAAACCAUUUUCCAAUUUUACGUGGCCGUAUUCGAUAGCCUGUUAAGCCAGGUUGGAAUAGCGCGCGCUGAAAAAGCAGUUCAAACAUUUCUGGAAAUAUUCCAGCAACAGAAUAUCCAAGUGAUCUUGCAGCAAGAUAACUUGCAUGGAAUCCGAGCUGUGGAACAGCUCCUGCGGAUUUUGCAGAUUGUCGUACAAGAACCAGGCAACGCGUUCAAACGUUUUUUGCCCAACACCUUAUCUCUGUGUUUGGACCACAUCCAUCCUUGUAUCACACAGAUAAAUUCAUCUGAAAUCAAAGAGACGUUUUACCAUUUGCUGACCCUCAUUCUGCGUCACCAUUGGCGUUCUUUUUUCAAAGGAUCUGUGUUGACGACUUAUGGGUCACGAGAAUUGGAUCGUGCCGAACAAAUGGACAACCGACCACAGUUUAUCGCCAUCAUGACUUCCUAUGGACAGUCCUUCUUAUUGCCUGAUAUAACAAUUUUUAAGCAAAAUCUCGAGGCCCUCGAAAGCCUUCAAUCAAAAUGGAAACUAUAUCACAAGGCUGUUUUCCGCGAUGGAAUUGCCAGCCAGUUUAUGAGUACUCUACUGAAUGUACUAACAAAUGGAUCGCACGAGCUUCUGAGAGAGGAAGUAGGGUUAGCCAUUUAUGCCAUGGCUUCUCCCGAUUUCGAAGUUUUCUUCCAGCAAUUUCUUCCGACUUACCUCCUCAAUUGCCAAGGGAUUGAAGACUAUCAGAGAAUCGCACUUAAAAGUGCCUUUACCAACGAUACGGAUCUCCCGUCUUUCACGCAAAACGUCCAUCGAUUUACAAAUGAUCUCCGAUGUUUCCGUUCAACCAACAUUUCCAGCGCAAGCCUAUACCAAUGUUGAAGGAUCUAAAUUGGGCCUGGUUAACUGCCCAUACUUGUUACGUCGCUCAUAGGGUUCACUUGUCAUUUUGGCCUUAUCCGUAAUUUCCGUUUCAAUACAUAUUCGUAAUUCUA